AGGCACGUUCACGUUUAUUUGCUUUCAAAGCAAAACUAUGUCUUUAGUAAUUAUAGUAGGCCUUUCUAACAACUUUACGGUUAGCGGUACUUAUCUCUAUUGAUAUUUUUAUUUUAAGGAAACGCCUCUGUAGCGUCGCUCAGUAACUCAUUCACCAAGGUCACAAGUAGCAGUGGAUGUGGUGGGCGCUAACCCCUCAGCACAUGUGAUUAUAGUACGUUUAAAAGGCAGGAUUGCACGCUGAAAUAUGGCUGGACUUAUAAACUUCGAAGAUGAGAAUGAAGUGAAGCAGUUUUUGGACAAUUUGGGAGUGGAGUACAGCUUCCAGUGCCACAAAGAAAAGGAUCCUGAAGGGUGCCAAAGGCUCGCAGACUACCUGGAAGGGGUGAAGAAAAACUAUGAAUCUGCAGCACAAGUGCUCAAACAUAACUGUGAAACGAAUGGUCAUGGAGAAAGCUGUUAUAAACUGGGGGCCUACCAUGUCACAGGCAAAGGUGGAGUGACUGAAUGUCUGAAAACAGCCUACUCCUGCUUUAUGCGCUCCUGCAAUGCCGGAGGGAAGAAGACUAUAGAUGCCUGCCAUAACGUUGGUUUAUUAGCCCACGAUGGACGAGCUAUGGAGGGAGCACCCGACCUUACAGCAGCUCGGCAGUACUACGAGAAGGCCUGCGCUGGUGGCUUCGCUCCUUCCUGUUUUAACCUCAGUGCUAUGUACAUUGAGGGCAAUUCCAAAGGGCUGGCGCCAGAUAUGACUCUAGCUUUGAAGUACGCUAACAGGGCUUGUGAGCUGGGACAUGUGUGGGGCUGCGCCAAUGCAAGUCGUAUGUACAAACUUGGGGAUGGCACAGAGAAGGAUGAGAAGAGAGCAGAGGAGCUCAAGAAUCGAGCGAGGGAGCUGCACGGUUUAGAAAAGGAAAGGCAGCUCAAAUUUGGGGAGUGAAUGUGACACAUAUGAUUAAAUUAUUGUGGUUGUUUGUGGGAACACGUCUAUGUGUGCACAAACUAAACCUGUUCAGGUGGUUCAAAGGUGGGAGAUGAUCUGUUUAAAAGACGUUAAAUGGACACAUUUGUCUCAUUUAUGUAGAUGGUGAAAUUCAGGGAUCUACAAAAACUUGACUGUAUAGGUAGAUUUCAGACAAAUGCACAAUAUAAAUGUAAAAGCAAUAAAAUGAAUCGUUAUUCAUU